AAGAGGGCGGUGCUUGUAUACGGGACUGUUGAAGUUGACUGACUAAAGUGAACGACCGUAGAACUACAGUCGCGGCUUGUAUGUCGUCGGAAAAAGCCAGAUAUAUUUUUUAUUUAACGAGAACGUACGAUUCAGAGAAUCAUGAUUCUGAAAUUUAUAUUCGCGACUUUGACCAGAUUAUCUUUUAUCAUUUUAUCACUCAUCGCAGUGUGGCGAGUGAAACACGUUAAAGAUAAUAACUUUUUUUGGUUUCUGUCCUUUCUUUGCCUGCCUCUGGUUGUGGAAAUGAUAAUAACUUUAAAAAGAAGAAAGGGACAAGACUACAAGUGGUUCUCGCCGGCCAUCCUGCUGUUCCUCAUCACCAUUAUACCGUCCAUCUGGAUACUGCAACUGCACCAUCAGCAAGACAAAAAGCCCGACCACCAGUGCGCGAAGUUGGAUUCAUGGGCGAAUAUAAUAAAAAUUAUUUCUUUGAAUGAAACCACUCCAAGUCACAUACUGAAGCGAGCCGAUGAUCUGCUGUCUUCUGUGUGUCCCGACGACUGGAUUCUGGGGCUGCACCAAGCCCUGCUCAUCCUGCUCAUCCUGGGGAAGUGGGUGCUGCCACUAGGGGGCGGCGUCACCAGGGACGAGCUCUCCCAGCUUCUGCUCAUCUUCGUCGGCCUGGCCGCGGACAUCCUGGAGUUCACCAAUGAGACCCUCUCGGACGUCAACGAGAAGAGCCUGCAGCUGGUGUACGUCAUUCUAGCAGUCUGGACAUGGAGCAUGCUGCAGUUCCCUUUACAUCUGGCUGUGGUGACCUCCAGGCAAGAGGGGUCCCCUAAAGCUGGCAGUGACUCCCUGCUUUCGAGGCGCAGCACGGACAUGUGGAGCAUCGUGGAGAGCCUCUUCAUCCAGGACGGGCCCUUCCUGGUGGUCCGGCUCACAGUCCUCAUGCACUACAAGAUAUUCCAUCAAAUGCUGGUGUUCUUCGCCAUCAAGAAUUUCCUGGUAGUGAUACUGAAUUUAUAUUGGCUGUGUAUCAUCUGCCAGGAUAGCAGGAAAACUCAGAAACAUAAUACCAGCAUUCCCUGCAACACUGAAGAAGUUUGAUAGGACUACAACUUCCAGAUGUAAUACCAGCAUUCCCUGCAACACUGAAGAAGUUUGAUAGGACUACAACUCCCAGAUGUAACACCAGCAUACCCUGCAACACUGAUGAAGCUUCAUUGGACUACAGCUCCCAGAUGUAAUACCAGCACAACUGGCAGCACUGAUGAAGAUUGAUCUCACAAAAUAAUGACUCAAAUGAAACUGCUCAACCACAAUUCAGGCUUUACAUUUGCAUCUGUGCAUUAAUCAGUUGCUCUUAUCCAAAGCAGCUUAUACAAAUAAUUUGUGCAGCUAGAUGUUUUCUUGCUUCAGUUCUAGUUAAAGGCCUUACUUAAGGGCGCAAGCUGUACCCAGCUGGGAAUCCCAAGAAACCAAAGAAACCAGAUUAGGUGCAGUCUCUUUAACUGAUCAACUUAUUAUGCCAGAGUAACAACCAAAUAAAAAAAAUAAAAUUAAAUAAACAGUACACCCAGGAAAAGGGUUGAGGGUCCUUGUGGUUGAUAAUGAUAAGUCAUUUUUUUGGUUAUCAAUUUUUCAAUAUUGUUUAUUUUUUCAGUUAUUGGAAAGAACGUUGAUGAUGAACUGAAAUCAAAUGUGAAAAUCUGUUUCUCUGUGUAACUAUGGUGUUAUUCUCCCAUUUACAAUGACAGGAACUGAAUAUCUUGCACUGACAUUUUCUGUGUAUACCUUUGGUGAGAAGAUCUUUUUAAAUGACCAAUACAUUAGUUAACCAAGGUAGAUAUGAUCUGUAGAUUUCAGUCAUUUUUUUGUGCAUAACACAGGUAGCGCACACUCAAGCUAACCAUCUCUGAUUGCUCAUUUUCAACAUGAACAUACUCUUGCAUUCUCUUGGGGUAUUGAGCAUGUGUGUGUGUGUGUGUAUGUGUGCAUGCAUGUGAGAGAAUGUGUGCGUGUAUUAUUUCUGAAAUAACAGUAAUAAAGUAUAUUAAAUUUA